UUUACAGCCAAUCUGUAAUUAUAUUAAGCAUGUUAGGUGAUAUUAUUCUCUUCUAACAAAUUAACUCUGGAAACUCAAUGUAGUAUAACAUAACAUAGAUUUAUUUUGCACUUCCAGUAUAUUUCCAGUAUAGUCUCUGCUCUCCAUAGUCCCUCAAAUCCCAGGCUGGUGGGAAGUAUCACUAUCUUAUAGUCAUGUCAUGCAGAAUAUGCUACUGUGGGAGAGGAAGAGAGAGUUGCCAACUGUAAUUUAAAUUGACCUAGAAGAGACACAUGAUAUUUUCUUUCAUAGCCCAUUGGAAUGUACUGUUCAAAGUCUCAUUUAACUUCAAGGGAGCUUGGAAGUGAGGUUUCCAAUAUGACCAAGAAAUAGAAGAAAAUUGGAUAUGGCUAAACACCAGCGUAAGGUCAAGCACUUUGACCAUUCUGGCUCUCAAAACAUCAUUAUUGUAAGUGUUCAAUCAACAACCUAAAUUAAUCAAAUGAUGUAAAUAUGAAUGCUAACUGUUCUGAUCUGAGUCAUUGGUCCCUUUGUGAAUAUCUUUGGCCUCAAGAUAAUGGACAUUAACAUCCUCAAAUCAUGCAUAAUGUAAAUGAGUUUGGAAAAAUUUUGUAAGGUGUAAGCAUUAGACAAAAGUGAGAUCUAUAUUUUGGUUUUUUAAUAGACUGGAUGUGAAGUAAAUAUAUGAGAUCAUUCGAUUUAUUCUAGUAUCCACUGAUUUUUUUAUUUAACAGACAUCAUUCGAAACAAGAUGGGGACUGGAAACCACACAAUGGUGACAGAAUUUAUUAUUUUGGGGUUAACAGAGAAUCCUACACUUUGUUCCAUCUUCUUUGUGGUUUUUCUCGGAAUCUAUAUUGCUACCAUAUUGGGCAAUAUCAGCAUAAUCAUGUUAAUCCAAAGAAGCCCUCAGCUUCACAAUCCAAUGUACCUUUUCCUCAGCCAUUUGGCCUUUGUGGACAUUGGGUAUUCCACAUCAGUCACAUCUAUUAUGAUUGUUAGUUUCCUAAGAGAGAGAACUACUAUCCCUGUUGCUGGCUGUAUAGCCCAGCUUGGCUCUGAUGUUAUCUUUGGAACAGCUGAGUGCUUCCUGCUGGCUGCUAUGGCCUAUGAUCGCUAUGUGGCCAUCUGCUCCCCACUUCUCUACUCCACCCACAUAUCUCCCAAGGUCUGCAUCAUCCUAUUGGUUGCUUCCUAUUUGGGUGGAUGUGUGAAUGCUUCAUCAGUUACCAGUUGUUUAUUGAGCCUGACUUUCUGUGGACCAAAUAAAAUCAACCAUUUCUUCUGUGACCUCCCACCACUAGUGAAGCUUUCUUGUACCCAUAUUUAUGUUGCUGAAAUAUCUCCUGCCAUCUCAGCUGGGUCAAUCAUUGUAAUCACACUGUUUAUCAUAGUUGUUUCAUAUCUAUACAUCCUCCAUUCGAUUCUGAAGAUGCACUCUACCGAGGGAAGGCAUAAGGCCUUCUCUACCUGCACUUCCCAUCUCACUGCAGUCAUGUUGUUUUAUGGGACAGUUACAUUUGUUUAUGUCAUACCAAAGUCGAGCCACUCACCUGCCCCUAUUAAAGUAGUAUCUGUUCUACACAGUCGUAAUCCCCAUGUUGAACCCUCUGAUCUAUAGUCUGAGGAACAAAGAGGUGAAAGAGGCUAUGAGAAAACUGAUGGCUAGAACACACUGGUCAUGUUGAAGGAAAGCCGAUGUUGUUUCAGAAACUGCAAAAUGAUAGCUCCAGGAACAUGUGACAGAUAUUUACGUCUUCUAUUAGUCUUAUCAUUUUAUGUGAAGAACUAUCUUAAAUAAAAAAUGUCAGUUUGUUGAUUAAUGCCAAUUUUAAUUUAUAAUUUUCUAAAGUCACAAAAUAUAUCAUUUUCAUGAAAAUUUGCUGGAUCCACAUUACAUGUGUAUAGUUCAAGGCCAGGAUACUUGGAGAAUAUAGUUUCACUUUUUCUCUUUUUGUUCAUUAUUUAGGAAGUCUGUGAUUAGAGAGGGUUUCUUUGUCUUCUCUUAAGUUACAUAUUUUUAAAAUGUCAUCUUGUAAAUUAACAUCAUGUCUUAGAAAGCAUCAUAUACUCAAUGGAACUGGAAUUCAUGGUAGUGUUGACAGUCCACGUCAUUUUUCUCUGGAAGAUCUUGACAUCUCGUAUACAAGAUUAUCAUAAUCUUUGGAAAUAGAGAUGCUGAAGUCUUACAAAAGUUUCAUUCCCAUCUAAUUGGGGAGUGGUAAGAGUUGGGGAUUAGGGCACAGUGGAACUUUCUUUCAGCAAGCUGGUUGGUAUUACUAGGUCAUAGAAUUAUGGAUUAAAACACCCAGGCUGAUGCAGGCAUGGAAUAUACUUGCCAAAAUCCUUCUUUGUAGUAUCUAUCAAGAUGGUGUUCAUUGCUACUUCUGUCACUGCUUUAUUUUACAUGUGUACUGUAAGGCUUGAGGGUUGGUUUCUUUUUUGUUUGUAUUGCAAGUGCUGCCUGACUUAAGCUUUGAUUGCUGAGGCAUCCACUUCAAAGACUGCCAUCCUGAAUAAACACAUUGCUGGCCACAGGACUAGACAGAGACCCAGGGAGACCCCCACCCCUAGGUUCCUUAGACAACUGACCAUUUGGGCA